AUGUCGUUUCUGGAUCAACCCUGGUGUCCCACCAGCGUCCAGGUGACCGUGCUUCAAGCCCGGGGCCUCAGAGCGAAGGGCAAAGGCGGCACCAAUGACGCCUACGCGCUCAUGCAAGUGGGCAAAGACAAGUACCAGACGUCCGUGGUGGAGAAGAGCGUGGCGCCCGUCUGGAAGGAGGAAGCCGCCUUCGAGCUGUCGCAGCAAGGCGCCGGAGGAGAGCGAGGCACGCUGCACGUCCACGUCCUCCACCGAGCCUUGGUGGGUCUGGACAAGCUGCUGGGUCAGGCAGUCAUCGAUCUGCAUUUACUCAGUCAGGAUAAGAACCGAAGCAAAACCGAGUGGUUCAAGUUACUAGACAAGAACGGCAAGGCGGACAAAGACCGAGGCGAGGUACUGGUAGACAUCCAGUUCAUGAGGAAUAACAUGACUGCUAGCAUGUUCGACCUCUCUGCUGUCGGCAAAUCUCGAUCCCGCCUUGGCAAGCUCAAGGACAAAGUUCGGGGCAAGAAAAAAGAACCGGAUGCGGCGUCUCCGUCAUUAUCGCAGGUUCUCACGGACAGCGAGGAAGAAGAAGAGGGGGAUGAAGGCAAGGCGCCUGCAGGCAAAGAGAAGAAGAAACUUAAAAUUAAGUCUUUGUUUUCUCACAAGUCCAACCUGCAGAGGAACCUGUCACAAUCCAUGACCAUCCUACCUGACAAGAACUCCACACUCAGUGGCAGCUUGUCAUCUGGACUUAAUGUAGAUACCUCUGAAGGUAAGAAGAAGUUCAAAUUCAUGAAGCACAAACACUCUGACAGCUCAGACAGCAGGGGGUCCUCUCAGAAGCACGCCACUCUGGAGAAAAGCAACCUGUGUAUCAAUGGAAGUCACGUUUACUGUGAGGAACCGCCGCCUCGCACCUCUCGGGUGGGCUCCAACUUCAGUCUGGCCAGUUCGGGACAUGGGUCUAUGGAAGAUGUUCCGGAAAGCUCCCCGCCGUCGGUCGACUCGUUACCAGUCAUUAGACAAUACACCCCCUGGGAGGAGGAGGAGGAAGAGGAGGAGGAGGAGGAAGAAGAUGAGAAGAUGAAACAAAGAAGAGAGCUGGAUGGGUUGCCUGAAAAAGAAGAGGGGCUGAAUGAACAGAAAAGGAGAGAAGAGCAGGAAAAAGCUGAAAAGGAGGAGAGGAAGAUGAGACAAGAAGAAUUAAGAAGGCAAGAACUAGAAAGAGUUGAAAAGUUGAAGGAAGAAGAAAAGAUAAGAAAGGAAGAAGAAAGAACACAAGAACUUGAAAGGUUAGAAAAAGAAAGGAUGAGAUUAGAGGAAGAAAGGAAAAAGGAAGAGAAAGCAAGAAAGGAUGAAGAGUUAGCAAGACAAAAAGAGAGGGAAAGAGUAGCAGAGGAAAUGAGAUUGAAGGAAGAAGCCGAGAGGUUGAGAACACUUGAACUACAAAGGUUAGAAGCGGAAAAGAUGAGACUGGAGGAAGAAAAGAGAAAGGAGGAAGAGAAAGCAAGACAGGAGGAAGAGAAGAGAAGGCAGGAAGAGGAAGAACGGGUAGCACUGGAAAAGAGACUGGAGGAAGAAAAGAGAAAAAGAGAAGAAGCGGAACGGUUGAGAAGACUUGAACGGGAAAGACUGCAAGCAGAAAAGAUGCGACUGGAGGAAGAAGAGAGAAAAAGGGUUGAAGAAAAGAGGAGGCAAGAAGAGGAACGACUAGUUUUAGAAAAGAGACUGAAGGAGGAAGAGAGGAAAAGAGAAGAAACAGAACGGUUGAGAAGACUCGAACUGGAAAGACUGGAAGCGGAAAAGCUGCGACUGGAAGAAGAAGAGAGAAGAAGAGUUGAAGAGGAGGAACGAUUAGCUCUAGAAAAGAGACUGAAGGAGGAAGAGAGGAAAAGAGAAGAAACAGAACGGUUGAGAAGACUCGAACUGGAAAGACUGGAAGCAGAAAAGCUGCGACUGGAAGAAGAGAGAAGAAGAGUUGAAGAGAAGAGAAAGCAAGAAGAGGAGGAACGAUUAGCUCUAGAAAAGAGACUGAAGGAGGAAGAGAGAAAAAGAGAAGAAACAGAACGGUUGAGAAGACUCGAACUGGAAAGACUGGAAGCAGAAAAGCUGCGACUGGAAGAAGAAGAGGGAAGAAGAGUUGAAGAGAAGAGAAGGCAAGAAGAGGAGGAACAAUUAGCUCUAGAAAAGAGACUGAAGGAGGAAGAGAGGAAAAGAGAAGAAACAGAACGGUUGAGAAGACUCGAACUGGAAAGACUGGAAGCGGAAAAGCUGCGACUGGAAGAAGAAGAGAGAAGAAGAGUUGAAGAGGAGGAACGAUUAGCUCUAGAAAAGAGACUGGAGGAAGAAGAGAGGAAACGAGAGGAAACAGAACGGUUGGGAAGACUCCAACUGGAAAGACUGGAAGCGGAAAAGCUGCGACUGAAAGAAGAAGAGAGAAGAGUUGAAGAGAAGAGACGGCAAGAAAAGGAGGAACGAUUAGCUCUGGAAAAGAGACUGGAGGAGGAAGAGAGGAAAAGAGAAGAAACCGAACGGUUGAGAAGACUGGAACUGGAACAACUGGGAGCAGAAAAGCUGCGACUGGAAGAAGAGAGAAGAAGAGUUGAAGAAGAGGAACGAUUAGCUCUAGAAAAGAGACUGGAGGAAGAAGAGAGGAAAAGAGAGGAAGCGGAACGGUUGAGAAAACUCGAACUGGAAAGAUUAGAGGAAGAAAAGCUGAGGCUAGAGGAAGAGAGAAAAAAGCGAGAAGAGACAGAACGAUUAGCGGAAGAGCAGAGGAACAGAAAACUUGAACUGGAGAGAUUAAAGAAGGAAAAGAUGAUGCUGGAGGAAGAAAAGAAGAGAGUGGAAGAGAAGGCGAGAAAGAAGGAAGAGGAGCGAGUGAGAAGACGAGAAGAGCAGAAACGUCUUGCGGAGGAACAGCGGCGACUUAAAGAAGAUGAGAGGAGAAGAAAUGAAGAGAAAGCGAGAAAAGAGGAAGAAGAGCAGGAACGGUUAGCUGAGGAAGAGCGGAAAAAUAACAAAGAGAAGAUGAGAAAAGAGGAAGCGGAGAAGAUGAGAAAAGAAGAGCAGGAACCGAAGAAAAGACCAGCGCAAUUAGAAGACAAAAGGAAGAAAGAGGAACGUACCAUCAAGGAUAUAUCUCAAGAGACAAAGAUGAAUGAAGAAAAGCUUGAAGAGCAACAAAGAGAAGCGGAAAAGAGAAAGCCUGCUAAAGAGGAGGAACACAGAAGGUCUGAAGAUUCAAGGACACAAGACGUCCAGCAGUUGAUGGAUGAAGCAUGCUUGCCUCACAAUCCCUUUGACGGCGAUGUUCCCAACUCACUUUUUAGGUCAAAGAACAGAACUUCUGAUCAGACGUUCUCAAAAAGUUGCCCAUCAGCUGAACCGUCAUCGGUAAGCAACAAUGUUGCCACUGAUAAAAAGAACACUCCAGUUAGUCAACGUGAGAAGCGACCAGCCCCUCAGCCUCCAGGAAAGACUCGACCGGACGUCCCUGAUGACCCUUUAGUGCAUUCGAAGCCAAUUCCGGAUCCUCUCAAAGAGAAGGAGUUGAAAACUGUCAGUAUUUCACAAAAGCACUCAGUGCAGACUAUCUCUCCUCAGAGCAAUGAGCAAAAAGGUGUUGCCGCCAAACACACUAAACGCCUUGCUCCAUCAAUACCAAGUACUGAAUCCAAAACUGUCCCAGUUGUGUACAGUUUAAAUCCAUUUGAUGAUGACGAUGAUGGGAAUGAGUACACGACACAAGAUCACACUUUUGUGUCACAAACUCCCAAUGCAGACGCCACCGCACAAAGCAAGGUCAAAUCUUCAAAAGUGGCCCGCGCACCUGCCCCUCCUCCAAAAAAUGCUGUUCUAUCAAGAACGCCAAGCCUACAAAGCGGUGAUCCGGCUCCUGCUGCACGCGGUCAUACUGAAACUCCAGCAUCCGAGGCCGGUAAGGCUUUGGCGUGCCAGGAGAAUCCACCGAAAGAGCCUAAGCCGGAGGCAGGCGGAAAGAAGGAAGCACCUCCAGCACCUCUGCGCAGACUACAGCCUGUGAAACCGCUCAGCCAGGAACUGCAUCCUUCCAUCGAGACCCAAAAUGAAAAAGAUAAGUCAACUCUUGAUCAUUCUGAGGAGAUCAAGGUAUCUGUAAGCAAGGAGAAAGGGCCUUACUCUAUGCUCACCCGGGAGGAACUCAUAUCUCUGGUGGAAAAGCAGGAGAAGCAGCUGCAAAAUAAGGAUAAAAGGAUAGCAGAGCUAGAGCAAUACAUCGACAACUUACUAGUACGUGUCAUGGAGGAGCAACCGAGCAUUCUCAUGUCUAUGAAAAAAGUUGUCUAG